AUGAGUCAUUUAAGUGAUAUAACGGACGAAGAUUUUAUCCCGUUUCUUCAUAGCUUGGGAGUAGAAACUUAUAAAAAGUCUUUCGAAUGGAUGCUCAACGAUCCAGAUUUUUCUGAAGUUUUGCGAUGGAUUUACAGUAACCUGGAUCACAAUAAUGCUUUGACUGAAUGGGAAGAAUGCAGGUAUGCUGAAUUGGAAAAGAAAGAAAAAUUAUUACCAUUAGACAAGUUAGAGAGAAAAAUAUCAUCGAUACAAAAUGAAUUCAUUGGUCUUUGUUUACCAGGGGAUGAGGAAUCAAUGGAAGACAUGAAACUUGAUAUAAUUAUGCAAAAAGAGAGAAUAGCUAUGUUGGAGAAACACGAAGAAAUUCUAAAUGAAUUGCUGGUAAAUAAUGAGCAAACAAAAGAAGAUUUAACACUGGAAGUAACAAAGCUAAAUGCGACACAGUUGCAGUGUUCAGAAGAUGAAGUAACAGCUGGUGAAGAAUGCAUGCAAUUGGCAGAGAACAUAGAGUGUAUUACAAAUGAUGUAGUACAGGUCAUUGCUAAUGCUUUGAAUUUGUUUGCUAGUUGCAAUGGCAAUAAGGAACUUGCAAAGAGGUUUUUCACCUACGGACCAUUUGAGUCUUACAGACAGUCACAAGCUUUGUUUAAAUCACAUUUUGAUCUUUUUACUUCAAAGAAAUUUAACAAGAAGCAAAAUGACAAUACAAAUGAUGAGGACUUAAGGACUGCUCUCAUAGAAGCUAAGAACAUGGAGGAAUGGCUAUCGGAUGCAGUUUGUAGCUAUAUAGAAACAAAAGCAGAUCUGUAUGGAGAACAAGCCAAGCUGUUACUCAUUUCUAACUACAAUAAUGUACAUCCCAGUCAAAUAACUGUUUAUUCAAUGGAAGCACAAAGUGCAAUAGAGCUAUUGGAACAAGAGGAAGGCAUUUUAGAGCAACAGUUACAAAAUUCAGUGAAACAUUACGUGGAGAGACGCACCAGCAUGGCUGUGGAAGUGACAGCAAAGUCAGCUUUGGCCAUAAGAGAACAAAUCUACAAAGAUUUAACAUAUUUGUCGAAUAUUACGUCCCGUGCGCUGACGGCUGACCGCACGCUGUACGCGGCGCUGCGCCGCGAACUGCGGCUUCUAGAGGAGCUGCUGCACUUCGCUGCUCAGCUGCGGGAGUACCAGCUGCAGGAGUUCGACACUGUUGCUAGCCGGAUUAAAUCAAUGAACGAUAUAUCCUCGGAACAAGAAGCAGUGGAGAAGAAUCUACAAUCUUCAAAUGUUAUAUUAAAUGCUAUUUUAUCCAUAUCUGGAUAUGAGCCUAGUGCUGAUGUGUUGUUGCCUAUAAAGCUCGAUAACGAAUUGAGUAAUAGUAUACGGGAAUUGAAGGAUAAUAUCAAAGAAGGAUAUAAAACUAAAGAGAAUUCACUAGAGAAGAUUAAGGAGUCAAUGAAACCUCUGAAAGAAUAUAUAUGGGAUGGUUGCACGAAACAGCCGAACUGCUACGACAGGAGUGUGUCGGCCAUGACACAUUCGCUAAGGCAGGAGAUGGAGAAGAUUGACAGUAAAGUUGUUAGUACAAGCGGAGAAUUUAAUGGAGUUAAGAAUGGAGAUAAACAUAAUGUUCGCAAGCUCUGGCAGUGGUUCCUGACGGACCAGGCGCGGCUGCUGCAUUGUAUGAAGAGUAUAAAUCAU